UCGGUGAGUUCCCGCACCACAAACAUCCCACAACGCAACACAUCCUUGCAUCCUUCUUUUCGGGAGUCGCUGCAGAGUGGAGUGACGCGGUAGGAUCGACGUCGUGUGCGCACUUUACGACAAUGAGUGCUGCAGACAAAGCACUCCGCGCCACCACAAGCGCCAGGUGGCGAAGAUGAGGCUCACAACAUGGAACGUCAACGGCAUCCGAAACCCCUUCUCCUACCCGCCAUGGAACACCGCGCGCACCUUCUCCGCCAUGUUCGAUACACUCGGCAGCGACAUCGUGGUCAUGCAAGAGCUGAAGAUCCAACGAAAAGACCUGCGAGACGACAUGGUCCUCAUUGACGGCUGGGACUGCUACUUCAGCCUUCCGAAGCACAAGAAGGGGUACUCUGGAGUUGGCAUCUACACUCGCAAUGCCACCUGCGCCCCCAUCAGAGCCGAGGAGGGCUUGUUGGGUGUAUUGCCUUCGCCGUCGGGUGUUGCGUACUGCGACCUGCCAGAAGAGGAGAGUAUCGGGGGAUAUCCGAGUGCAAUACAAGUCGCAGAGCUCGGCGUUGAUCCUGCCAUGCUUGAUGCGGAAGGGCGCUGCGUGGUCCUGGAAUUCCCAGCAUUUGUGCUGCUCGGCGUCUAUUCUCCUGCCAACAGCAAUGGGCUGCGGGACGACUUCCGAUAUGGCUUCAUCACCGCUCUGGACUGUCGCAUUCGCAACCUCAUCCGCAACGGCAAGCGAGUCGUGCUGGUGGGCGACCUAAACGUUUCCCGUGACGAGCUCGAUCAAGCUGGCGCUUUCGAAGACUGCAAGAAGGAGGGUAUCACGCAUGCUGAAUACAUCUCCACGCCGAAUCGGCGCAUUUUCAAUCAACUCAUCGUCGAAGGAGAAGUCAUUGGUGAGAGGGACGAAGGACGAGAGCAGGGCGUGUUGUGGGAUACCACACGAGGGUUUCACCCCGAUCGCAAAGGCAUGUACACGCACUGGGAACAGAAGAUCAACGCUCGACCUGGCAACUACGGUGGCCGCAUCGACUUUGUGCUCGUUGCUGAAAGCAUGCGUGGAUGGAUCAGAGACGCCAACAUCCAGGAAGGCCUACUUGGAUCAGAUCACUGCCCCGUCUAUGCCGACUUUCACGAUCGCAUUGACUAUGCGGGCAAGGAAAUAGCCCUGCUGGACGUGAUGAGUCCAUCUGGCGUUUUCACGGAUGGGAAACGGCAACAGGAGUGGAAAGUGGCUAAUGUUCCUGCUUUUUCAGCGAAGCGUCUGCCUGAGUUUGACAAAAGGAGGAGCAUCAAGUCCAUGUUUGCCGCACCAAGCGCUAAGAAGGCUGAGGGAAGAGAGCAGCCUACAAUGAACGCUGCUGUCAACGACUUCAAUGCAACAUUGCAAGUGCAGGACUCCAACUCGGCGAGCACAGCUCAGCGCCGCUCAGAGGAAGACUUCUCCGCAUCCGCCAAACGCAAAAUUCCCUCGCUUCCCAAGGAAAAGUCCUCGAAGCGUCUUAAGUCCGACAGCGCUGUGUCCACAAGCAGGGGUCAACAAAGUCUCAAAGGUUUCUUCCAAACAAGCAGUGUACGCACCAACAGCGCUUCGCAUGAGACUCAUGUGGAGAGGCAGAGGGACGCAACGGGGGAGGCGAGUGCGCAAUCACCAAAUGGCAAACCAAGGCCCACUGAGACCUCAGCAACCGCGAUCUCAGCCUUCUCAACGCCAGAGAAGCGCACUCCGGCCAAGGACCGGCUGGCAGACGAUGAUCAGGAUGACCAUGACCCAGACACAUCCCACCCCUCCACAGCGGCCAGUCCCACGCCCUCCGACUUCUCCGCCCAACUCGAAGCCUCCGAGCAGACACAACGCUCCUGGAACGCCCUCUUCUCUCGCCCCGUCGCGCCCAUGUGCGAAGGCCACGACGAGCCCUGCAAGACGAUGCAGACGAAGAAGAAGGGAUCCAAUCAGGGGCGCAGUUUUUGGAUGUGCGCGCGGCCUUUGGGCCCGAGCGGGAAUAAAGAGAGGGGAACGCAGUGGCGGUGUCCGACGUUUAUUUGGUGUUCGGAUUGGGGUGGCGGGAGGAAGGAUAAGGAAAAGGAAAAGGAGAAGGAGGCUGGGUGACGUAUUCCGGCACAAGACGAAGAAGCGCCGACUGGAGAUGGAUCUGUUGCGCAGUAUCAUAAUCUCAAACUAAUGGCGGGAGAGGAGAACGCUGC